AUGCGUGGGGAUCCCAGGUAUGUCUUUCAGGUGGUGGUGAGGAUGCACCACGUGAGUAGGGUGAGAGGCCUGGAGACUCAACUGGUGUGGGCCAUCUCCAAGGAGACAGCCAGGCUUAGUCCAGAGGGCAUCCCCUACUGUGCCACCAAAGUGCAGUCCAUCACUUGGAUCCAGCGUGUGGCUGGCAGGGUGACCCACUAUGCGUCUCACCUCCGCCACGAGACGUCUGUGGACGUGACGCUUGGCUGCUACCAGCAGACUGAUGUCUCAGUGGUGUACGCCACUCUCCACAUGGGGCUGGACGGGCUUCUCUCCUCUUCAGCGUGGUCGGAGGCUGCCUCCUUCUCUACGCCCACCACUCAGCAGUUCACUGACCCAGAGCCUGAGGGCCACAACUGCUAUGAGGGCUGGGAGGAGGACCUGCUGCCUGAGGAGAGGGAGGUUCCUCUGCUAAACCUCUACCUUACCACCAAGAGAGUGGAGGACAUCGCCCUGAGGCUCGUCUCCCUGCGCCAGGCCUUCACUACCCUGCUUGGUUCCACCCUGAGCAGGAACCAUCUGUUUGUGGCGGGAAAGGUCCUCCUGGGCGCACUGGUUCAGGCCAACCACAUGGACGAGGCCAAGUUCAUCCUUACCUAUAACGACUUUGUGGACUACCUGAGUGACCCCUCCAAGCGAAAUGACAUUGCGAGGGAGCUGGCUGAGGCAAAGCUCAGAAGUCCCUGA